AUGUCUCGCAGCAAUUUCGAAGACACUUUGUCUUCAAUUUCAAGCUCACAAAAUCUUCCUCAAAGACCAAAGAGUCGUUUUCAAUCCAAUAACUCUACCACAUCCUCGGGUGGAUUCGAACUUAAUCUUAACUCAACAAACACUCAACACCAUACAGUCAGUGACGACUCUCAUGACACCUUGAACUACUUCGACCCCGAUAACUCCGCCGAGCAAUGCACCAUGUCGACCGACUUGGAAAUUCAAAGAAGGAAACGCAAGCAAGCUCAGCGUCCUGAAAUUAAUAUUCGCGAUACCGCUAAAAGGUAUAAUCGAUGGAGCCCAAGGAAAGAGGCUCAGGAUUCCCCAAUUAUGCAACUCUACGACAACGCUUUCCAAGACUUCACUGGAGGAUCUUUGCAAAUUAAUGGAACAAAUAACAGUUCUAAAUUGGCUUCCAAACUCGCAAGAUUGGACCAAGAUAAUACACCUUGCCGACUUUCAAAAUCGAAAUUGUCGGAACGAUUGAAUUCAGUCUCGAAAAAUAACUCCAGAUUCAACCUUAAACCAGCAAAUGAGAAUACUCAGCCUGCAAAUACACCAAGACGAGUUGUCAAGAAUAUCAAUGAUGACCACGAAUUUUCCUUGGACCUCUCCCACCCAGUCCAUAACAAGGAGAACAUUCUCCCUAGACAACGACCCUCCAAUAUUCCGGCAGGCUCCAAGCAUCAGAAGUUCGCUCAAGCUGAGUACAAUGAAAGACAAGUACUAGCAGAGCUCGAAACUCUCAUCAAGGACCACCCAGCAAACUUAUCAAACCGAUCUGGCAACGCCCCGAAAGCAGCAAGCCCCACCUUUACCAUGUCCACCACUGUUAAUGGAUCAUUUGCCAUUCCUGAAGUCCAAAACAUUACCAAGUUGGUCGACAACACAUCAACUUCAUUGCCCAAGAAGGUUGAAAUUCUUGAGCAACCCGCCGAACCUAUGGGAAAAGAAGAGGUCGACAUUUAUCGAUCCAUUGACGAACUUCAACAACAAGUGGCUAUGUUGUUGAACGAACGAAAGGAGCGCGAUUUUGUUAUACACUCUCUCCAGAAGGAACGAAAGGAACGGGAUUCGAUUAUGUCUUCUCUUCAGAACGAACUGAAUGAGAAAAGAGAGCAACAUGAUGUCAUAUCCACUCUUCAAACCGAGAAAAGAGCACAGGACACGAUUAUAUCCACUCUUCGCACACAAAAUCAUCAUAUGGCUGAGACCAUCCAUCAGUUGGAAAACGAAGUUAAUAUGCAUCGCCUCGAAAACGAAAAGAUAUCUACUCUUCGCACACAAAAUAAUCAUAUGGCCGAGACCAUCCAUCAACUAGAGACUGACACUCGUACACAGCGCACGGAAAACGAACAGAUGAUGAAGUCUGUUUCCAACGCCGAGGCUAAAGCAAAAUCUCUUCAAGGAGAAAAGAAGGAAAUAGAAAGGACCUUGAGUGAAAUCUCGUCCACCAACGAGGAACUCAAAAACGAUGUUGAGAACAUCACAAAACAACGAGAUAUGGUUCUUGACCGUUACAAGAAUCUUGUCGAACGAUUCGACAAUUUACAACGUUCAGCAGAUGCUAAGACAUCACAACCAAAGGAAGAUGAAAACAUUAAGACAUCACCAAGCCAACAUCAGAAGAAAGAUGAUACUUUGAAUGGUCAGAAAGGACCACUGGAUAGGGAAGAAGAAGAGGAAGAAGAAGAUGAUGAUGAAGACGAUGCAGAUGAAGAUGCUGAUGUUACAAUGAGGCCAACUAUGGAUCCUCAAUUAGCUCUCGAGAAGAUUAUGGAAAAUGUCACCAACCAAAUUGAGCAAUUGUCUGCUCAACAUACGGCCAAAUCGGCUGAGUUACGUGCUUUGGAUAAGAGCAAAAAUCUUAGAUUGAGAAGAUCACUUGCGGAAUCCUUAAAGAUGCUUGUCGAUCAAAUUUCUUCACACAGCGAUUUUCUAUAUCGUUUGAAGGAUGUUUCUUAUGCAUUCAAUUGA